UGCCGGGGUGGCUGAGAGAGCUGGAACUUGCCUGGCGGCUGCAACCGGAGGGUUGCUGCUCUGGGGCCUGGGGGAGGGCUGGAGGUUUGAGUGGGGCUUGGGGUGGGGGUCGCAGGAGGCUGGGUGGCGGGAUGAUGGAGGAGGAGGAAUUGGAGUUCGUGGAGGAGCUGGAAGCCGUGCUGCAGCUCACGCCCGAGGUGCAGCUAGCCAUAGAGCAGGUAUUUCCAAGCCAGGAUCCUCUAGAUCGAGCAGAUUUCAAUGCUGUUGAGUAUAUCAAUACCCUGUUCCCAACAGAGCAAUCCCUGGCAAACAUAGAUGAAGUCGUGAACAAAAUUAGACUGAAAAUAAGGAGACUAGAUGACAAUAUUCGAACCGUUGUAAGAGGUCAAACGAACGUGGGGCAGGAUGGAAGGCAAGCACUUGAAGAAGCUCAAAAAGCUAUUCAGCAACUCUUCGGCAAAAUCAAAGAUAUCAAAGACAAAGCAGACAAAUCAGAGCAGAUGGUGAAAGAAAUCACCCGCGACAUUAAGCAGUUAGAUCAUGCCAAACGCCACCUGACCACCUCAAUCACAACACUGAACCACCUGCACAUGUUGGCCGGUGGCGUCGAUUCCCUGGAAGCCAUGACCAGGCGAAGACAGUAUGGAGAAGUUGCUAAUCUCCUUCAGGGUGUCAUGAAUGUCCUAGAGCACUUCCACAAGUAUAUGGGAAUUCCACAGAUCCGGCAGCUUUCUGAAAGAGUGAAGGCUGCACAGACUGAGUUAGGACAGCAGAUCCUGGCCGACUUUGAAGAAGCAUUUCCUUCCCAGGGCACCAAGAGGCCAGGAGGACCCAGCAAUGUCCUACGAGAUGCCUGUCUGGUUGCUAAUAUUUUGGACCCCAGAAUCAAACAGGAAAUCAUCAAAAAGUUUAUUAAACAGCAUCUGUCAGAGUAUCUAGUACUUUUUCAAGAAAACCAAGAUGUUGCCUGGCUGGACAAAAUUGACAGACGCUAUGCCUGGAUAAAACGCCAGCUCGUGGACUAUGAGGAGAAAUAUGGCCGUAUGUUUCCACGUGAGUGGUACAUGACGGAGAGGAUUGCAGUGGAAUUUUGCCACGUGACAAGGACAGAACUUGCCAAGAUUAUGCGUACCAGAGCUAAGGAAAUUGAGGUGAAAUUGCUUCUUUUUGCUAUUCAGAGAACAACUAACUUUGAGGGGUUCCUUGCAAAACGCUUCUCUGGCUGUACCCUGACAGAUGGAACCCUGAAAAAACUCGAGUCUCCACCCGCAUCUACCAAUCCUUUCCUGGAAGAUGAGCCGACACCAGAGAUGGAGGAGCUGGCAGCUGAGAAAGGAGAUUUGGAUCAACCAAAGAAGCCCAAAGCCCCAGAUAAUCCAUUUCAUGGCAUUGUUUCCAAGUGUUUUGAGCCUCAUCUCUACGUGUAUAUUGAGUCCCAAGACAAGAACCUUGGAGAACUGAUAGAUCGGUUCGUGGCUGAUUUCAAAGCCCAGGGGCCACCUAAGCCCAACACUGACGAAGGCGGUGCCGUGCUCCCCAGCUGUGCUGACCUUUUUGUCUACUACAAGAAGUGCAUGGUGCAGUGCUCUCAGCUCAGUACGGGGGAGCCAAUGAUCGCUCUGACCACCAUCUUCCAGAAGUACCUCCGAGAAUACGCCUGGAAAAUCCUCUCUGGCAACCUGCCCAAAACCACAACCAGCAGUGGAGGGCUGACCAUCAGCAGCCUCCUCAAGGAAAAGGAGGGCUCAGAAGUAGCCAAGUUCACCCUAGAGGAGCUCUGCCUCAUCUGCAGCAUCCUGAGCACAGCAGAGUACUGUCUGGCCACCACCCAGCAGCUCGAGGAAAAACUCAAAGAAAAAGUUGAUGUAAGUCUGAUUGAACGAAUCAAUCUGACUGGAGAAAUGGACACCUUCAGCACUGUCAUCUCCAGCAGCAUUCAGCUGUUGGUGCAGGAUCUGGAUGCUGCCUGCGACCCUGCCCUGACUGCCAUGAGCAAGAUGCAGUGGCAAAAUGUGGAGCACGUUGGUGACCAGAGCCCCUACGUUACCUCUGUCAUUCUUCACAUUAAACAGAACGUCCCCAUCAUCCGUGACAACCUGGCUUCUACACGGAAAUACUUCACUCAGUUCUGCAUUAAAUUUGCAAACUCCUUCAUUCCCAAAUUCAUCACUCACCUCUUCAAGUGCAAGCCAAUUAGCAUGGUGGGAGCAGAACAGCUGCUGCUGGACACUCACUCGCUGAAGAUGGUCCUGCUUGAUCUCCCCUCCAUCGGCUCUCAGGUGGUGAGGAAGGCACCCGCCAGCUACACUAAGAUUGUCGUGAAAGGCAUGACCCGGGCUGAGAUGAUCCUUAAGGUAGUGAUGGCCCCUCAUGAACCCUUGGUGGUGUUUGUUGACAACUACAUCAAACUCCUCACGGACUGCAACACAGAAACUUUCCAGAAGAUACUGGACAUGAAGGGGCUGAAGCGCAGCGAGCAGAGCAGCAUGCUGGAGCUCCUGCGCCAGCGGCUCCCCGCCCCGCCCUCGGGGGCAGAAGGCUCCAGCUCACUGUCUCUGAUGGCCCCAACACCGGAACAGGAGUCGUCUCGCAUCCGCAAACUCGAGAAGCUAAUUAAAAAGAGACUGUAGGAGCGUCGGGGCACUGUUCUUUCCCUGGCCGAUGACCCUCAGCACCCAGUUCCCUGGAAGGCCCCCCAACCUCUCCUGUGCUCCCCGGGACUGUCAGAUCGUCAGUGUUGAAGCUUUCUGGGACAUCUGGGUUGUUAAUGCAUCUCUCCCAUGCCCUGUCUUAAUUCCUGUCCAAACUGGCGACGCUGAGUGAGGGCCGGUUUAUGAUAAGGCAGUUUAGAUUAUGUCUGAUUCCUGAAGGAGAGGCAACAACGUGAAGGUCCCUGUGUUCAGGGCUGCUCUUGGCUGGGGGAUCGUCAGCGGCUCUUGCAGCCUCAGCACGGCAGCCAGACCCUCUGACACGUGGGCCCCCUUCCCUGCUGCACACCUGCCCAGGCAGCUUGGAUGGGGAGGUCCGGAUCCCCCCCUUCUUCCCGCUGCUACUGUUGAGACCACCUCUGCAGCCAGAAUGCUGAGUUUUCCUCCUGUGUCUCUGGGUUUGGUUCUAGGGCCUGAGUUAGUGAAGUGGCAGGUGACAGGUGGAAAACCAGCCUUUCUUUCUGAAGGCAAUGGACGUGUGCAUACUUUUCCGUGUAAAUCCCAGUUUCCUAGUACGUAUUUUGUUUCUGGUACUUUUCAUGCCUUGGCCAGGUUGUCCCUGUGUUCUCCCCAUUUCUUAGUAAUCUCUAAAGGGAGAGAGGCCCUCAGUCUCUCUCACCCCAGAGGGUUGCAUGUGCCAGGCCUCGGAGGCAGGUGUCCUGCUGCCGUGAGGCUCCUGACCUGGGUGUGGGACAGACCCAGAUGUGACUUGGAGACAGGGUUCUGCUGGGCACACUCACUGGAGUAUGAGAGCAAAUUAUUUUCUCCAUUUCUUUGUUCUCACUCUGCUCCUAACUUCUAGAAAAAGGGUUGCCUUCUGGACAGGGAAAACAGAAUGUUCUCUUGGAAAAUAUUCCUUAGGCUUUCUCCUUAGAUAAAGCUAUGGGAAAACCCCGGAGGCCUGUACCCUUCUAAUCCCUUCCUGUCCGUUCAUUUUCAAAUCCAGAGUACUUUCCAGAGUCAUCUGAAACAACAAAGGUGCAAUGGCUGGGCAACAUGUUACCAUGUUCCUAAUGAGAAAGAACCUGGGUUCAUGGACACCUUAGGAACAGAAUAUAGACCUGUACACCAGGCUGAGAACCUGGCACCACCCAGCACGCAGCCUGCCCCGGCCUGCCCUUCCUGCCCACCGCUGGUUCUCAGUGGCAGAGCGUGCAGAGGAGAAUCGCCGCAGAGAACCACUUCGGUCCUCCCGCAUGAUCCUGCAUCCAGAAAACAGGCAACAUGUCGGGUAGUUGCCCUGAUGCUCUUGGUUCACAUGAAACUAAGCCUCAGUGUACCAUGACCACAACCACAGGCCAACCGGUGUUGGUGUCAGCUUUUGUUCAAGAAUAAUAUUAAUUAAUAUCUGUUGGCCAGGUUGGGGGGCGCUGAGGAGGAAGGUGGAGCUCUCUACACAGAAUGCUUAUAACAGGCUUGGGAUAAAAUUGGGACAUCAAGCAGCACUCAGACAUGAGUUUUCAGGACAGGGGAAGUUUCCUAAAAAUCCAUAGAACUUGCAACAGUCAUCCAGUAGGAAACUUGAAGGUUUGAAAUCUGCCAGAAGCACUGCUUGGUCCUCCCCAGCUCGUUUUCCCAGCAUCACUGUGCAGUGCUCCCUGCCCGUUCCCUCAGCUCCCUCCCCGGCUCCGUCCGGCAGCCCCAGCCUUGACCCUGGGCCUCAUUUCUUCAUCAGUCUCCAGCCUAUUCUUGCUGGUCAGUACGACUCUCGCGUAUUGGGCAUCUCAAAUUUGAGAACACUGAAAAGAAAAUAAGGCGUGGAAGACAGAGGCGUGACCUUGAGCUGAGCUCCAUCAGGAAAGGAUUCCAUUCAUAAACAAGGCGAGUGCAGGAGGGGCGGGGAGGGCACUGGGAGAGCACCCGGAGCUCGGCAGGGGGGUCCUGCCUGGCUGUCGUGGGGCCCCGGCGAGGUGCCACAGGCUUCAGUAACUGCCGAGAAGGGGAGUGACCCAUCUCCAGACAGUGCGGACGACCCCGCCAGCUGUGUCCACCCAGGGGAGCUGGGAAAGCCGGUGGACUCCGGCACCUGGUUCUUGUCACUCUCGGUGUUUACAAAUCCACACUUCUCUUCUCUCGGCUCAUUCGUGAGGAGCCAAGUUCUGGCCAUCUCCGUAACGGCAUUGAGAUGUCAAGCUGCUGUUUUCCACGCUUGGUGGUCACAGCCUGGGAAGUUGCUUUCUUGAUUUAUUACAUUGUCAGUAAUCCCCAAGGAGCCAACAGAUGUCAGUAGGAGUUACGUUAACUGUCUCGCUGAUGGGGGCUGGAUACUGUACGCGCAUCCUGUAAAGACAAAGCAUGCUUCUCCGCCGGGGAUGUGCCUCCGAAUCACCUGGGCCCCUUUUAAGAAAUACAGAUGCCGGGAGACUUUGAGUCAGGAAGUCUAGAGUGGGGCCUGGCAUAUAGGUUUAAAAGGUCCAUAGGUGAUUAUAAUAUUUAUUCCUUGCUAAGAACCAUUGCAGCAGAGAGAAAUUUGCUUUAUUGAAGGGCCCCUGUGGCACAUUUGUAUAAACGUAAGCAAGCUCUCUAAGCAAGGGUAACGGCUGUGCGCCAAGCUGGUACCGGCCUGGUACACGUGCCUUGCUGAGAGCUGGCAGCUGCGACUUUAAACUUGCGUUGUUGGUGGGGACUGUGUCAGGUAUCAGGCUCUCCCCAUGCUGUUUAGGAUUCUUCUUGAUUUGACCAAAUCCCAAGCAGAAGCCUUGUGUUAUCUUGUUUUAUAUGUUAUUCACAAUGAUGUAUAUAACAGGAACAACUAUGAUAAAAGCAGAAGCUAACAGCUCUGUGAUCCAGCUAAACUUGUGCCCAUUCCUUCCCUCCACUUUCUCGAGCCCCUUUAAGAAGCAAAAAAACAAAAACAACUUUGAAGUCACUUUGCGGUUAAAAUAAAUACUGGCAAUUUACAAUCAAUAAAGAAUUCACUAGUGCUCUUAU